CACAUGACUUAACUUUGUGAGCAAAGAUUCAGACUGGCUCCGUUCAAUAAUCAUCAUUGCACGAUACUGCGUUUGCUGUGCGGGGGAAGCAACGGCUGCUAGUCCAGUACUGAACAUGUCCUAUCAGACCAUUUAAUCAGCUACAGUUGUGACCGCUGCAGCAUAAACAUCUCAGUGGAAACUGCUGGAAUGUGGAGAGUGGGAAGGAGGCGCUGAGAUGCCGGAGGCAGAGAGCUUUAUUUGCUCUGGGCUCUCUCGUUAUUGCAUAUAAAAGGCUUACAGGGACUGACAUACUAAAGUGGAGGAGAAGGUGGUGAGAAGACAAGUGGAGCUGCCGUUGUAGAGACCAGCACUAGCCAUGGGAAGAGCUGCCCAGAAAACCCUCCUCUCUUUACUCUGUCUAGCAGCAGCAGUUUGUCAGGCUCAGGACACCUGCCCAGAGGUGAGCUUAGUGGGUUUCAACAGUACCGAUAGACUCUCCAUUCUCCAAGGCUGCCCUGGAAUUCCAGGUGUCACAGGGCCCAGAGGAGACCCAGGAAAUGCAGGAAUGCGAGGACAACGGGGACCUCAGGGGAUCCCUGGAAAGGCGGGGAAAGCUGGCCCAAAAGGAGAAAGAGGUCCUGCUGGCCCCACUGGACAGAAAGGAGCAAAGAACUGCAAGGAGCUGUUAGCUAAAGGGAAAAUCAUGAGCGGCUGGUACACCAUCUACCCCAGUGACUGUAACGCCAUGACUGUGCUGUGUGACAUGGACACAGAUGGUGGAGGAUGGAUUGUGUUCCAGAGACGGGUGGAUGGCUCUGUGGAUUUUUACCGUGACUGGAAUUCGUACAAAAGAGGUUUUGGGAGCCGGCUGUCAGAAUUCUGGCUGGGGAACGACAAUAUCCAUCUGUUAUCAUUCCUUGGUCCCAAUGAGCUUCGCAUCGAUCUCAGAGAUUUUGACAACAACCAUGAAUUUGCUACCUUCUCGUCAUUCAAAGUUGCAGGAGAGACUGAGAAAUACACGCUGAUCAUUGGACCCUUUGUUACUGGCACUGCAGGGGAUUCUUUAAUCGAACACAACGGCAUGAUGUUUACAACCCACGACCGCGACAAUGACAUGUCUCUAAUUAACUGUGCUGUAGUCUUUAAAGGGGGCUGGUGGUACGGGAAUUGUCAUAUGUCCAACCUGAAUGGAUUAUACCUGAAAGGAGCCCAUGAAAGCUAUGCUGAUGGGGUGAACUGGUUGACAGGCAAAGGGCACCAAUACUCCUACAAGAUGUCAGAGAUGAAAAUGAGGCCUGUGUAGCCAAUCAGGGAGGCAAUUGUAAUAAUUAUACUUAGCUCUUAUAUAGCAAUUAUAGGCCUGUCAUAAUGAACAUUAAUCUGCAGACGACAAUAAAGAUCUUUUCUUUAUCCACCAGCCACGAGGGGGCAGACAUCAGCGUACACACUUACCCAGCGCAGUGCACUAGGACUAGAGCUGGUAAAAAGAAUAUUUUUGUGGGGAAAAAAAUGAAUUUUUAAGUUGUUUGCAUUUCAAAGGAUUCUAAAUUAACCCAGUUUUGCUUUUGUGUUUUUAAUUUUUUUUAAUUCCUCUCCCUGAUACGUAGUAUCAGAAAACGUUAUUUUAUUUUCUCAUUUACCAAAAUCCUGGCUUUCUAUAAAGAACAAAAAUUUGGUCCCUGGCAUGAGAAUAUUUUCAAAAAGUAUUGCUGAAAACAUUAAAAAAGCGUGAUUUUUUUCCUGCCAAACAAAACAUUACAACCACAUCAAUGAUAUUUUCAUGAAUAUUUUCAUAUGUUUUUUAAAAAGCUGCUUGUCCACAGAAAAGCUCAUAGUUUGCAAAAUGUCAGCCAGCUCUGUCAAGGUUAUGUCUCCUCUCCUGCCUGGCUCUGCUGUCGCUUGAUUCCAUUCCCAGAAGCACCACGACAGCUCCUACCGCUGCCGUGCAAUUCUUCCUGUGGUGUUAGUGACUCGUUACCCUCAGAUGCUGCCUCUGCCGCUGGAGAACCUUCCCCUCUGUCAAUAAACCAAAG